GGACAUUGCUCUACUCAGAGUGAAGCAGCUAUAUUUUAAAACCGACAUAAGGCAACUCAGAUCUCAGAAUCAGAUAUCACUAACCCCACCCAGAAAAUGAUAGUUUAGUUCCAGAAGCAACCUAAAAACAAUGGAAAGGUCUCAACUCUUCAUCAUUUUCCUUAUCUUUCUUAUUUGCUUUGCGGCAACCCCCUCCACAACGUCAAGGCCUGGCUUUCUCUACACAAGAACCAGAGGAAGAUGCACUCCCCAGUACUGGAGUAGUAGGAGAGAGUCGUGGCCGAGGAUGGUCCCACACACAUCAACCUUAUCGAAGGUAUUUGGAUCAAGAGUUUACGAACGGUACAGAUCUGAUCUGACUCUUUUGGAAGCUACGAGUAGGAACGAUGAUGAAAAUGCGUUUGGUGGGUUGGUGAAGGAGGCGAGUGCAGCGUUGCUUAACUCGUAUGCGAGAGAAGGGUAUCCUUAUUCUGGUUGGGAAGUGAAGACUUUGGUUAUUCAGGCUUUAGUUUCAGAGGAGGCUGCAACUCAACUGGCUCACAAGUUUUCAAUGGCCAAUCAGGCUUGUAAUUAAUUAGUGCCCUUCAGUUUUUAUAUCAAAAUGUAAACUAUAUGAAAUACUUAAGUUUAUGUUAUGGAUUUACUAGUGUUUUUAUU